CACUGUUUGCUAGCCUAGCAUAAUGAUCUCAUCGUUAAUACUUCUCACCAUUUAUUUCGCGGGUAUGACCAAUUGUUUUCCAUAUAUCCAUUUUCUUUAAAGUAUCCUUGAAAAGGGGGUUUGACUUGUCAAAAAGUGGUGGCUUUUUCUGGACCUCAGCGAUUACCUUCUCCACAAUGUCUCAGCGAUGACGUGUUUUUGUAGGCCAACCCGGAAGUUAGCGGCGCACAGGUUCCCUUGAUCGAAAGCCAAUGCAUUUUUCCCACAGACUUUUGGAAAAUCGCAAAAAAUAAGCUCUGUGUUUAACAAAGGGUUAUGACACUUACACGUUUUGUCUAUCAAGAUAAUCUUUACAAGUUAACACAACAUUUAUACAUUUUGAAGCCUAAAUAAAGUCGUCAGAUAUAAAAAGCUAACAGUAGACUAUAAACGGACUACAGCACACCAUGGUCACGGAUCAGCGUCACCACCACCAAACUUCCUCAAACUUUAUUUAAAAAACAACUUUAUUUAAAAACAUGCUUGCUGAUUAUGAUCUGCGCUGUGUAUGAAUACUUAUCAACUUUUUCAUGAGAAAUGCUGUCCAAAUGUCCUGUUUGUCAUGAUGACGUCUAAAGUCCCCACCAAAGGAAGUAGUUAGCAAUUUGUUAGCAACCGCCAUUUUUAAGACACAAUAAAGGUUUAAAAAAUCACAAGCAGGUUAUAACUGGUGUGUUUUAUGUCAUAGAUCAAAACGUGAAAAUAUUUAGAGGCUUUGUUAACCACAGACCUUAUUUCAGGCGAUUUAGCAAAAACCCAUUCAAAAAACCCAUAGACUUCGGGGCGAUGGAACCGGAAGUCCUAAAAUGCUAACUCGGUUCCGGGUUUUGCCUACAAAAACACGUCAUCCCUGAGGUACUCUAUUGUGCGAGACCUUAAAUUAGAACGGAUUCUGAUUGGCUGUCAGUGUUUUAUCAUUCAACAGCUGGAAAAAAAAAAAAGAAAAGAAAAAAAAAAAAUUCUGAAAGCGAUCCCAAAGAUAUUGUUUCUCUAUAUCGUUAUCGUUAUAGCUGCAGUGUGGACAGUAUUCUUUUAUAUUUAGAACGAUUUUUAGAACUAUAUCUUUAUCAUUAUCUUUAUAGUUAUCGUUCUUGGUGUGAACGGGCCUUUAAACUCUGUUUAGUUUUAGUGUUUCAGUAUCUUUAGUUAAGAAUGUUAGCUUUGAAAUUUUAGUAAUAGUUUUCUAUAAACAAAACUAAAAUUAUAUAUAUUCUUUUUCAUAUUUCAGUUAACAAUUUACUUGUUUUAUAUACAUUUAAUUGUUUUUAUCUUCUUUCUGUAAGAGCUCCUAAAAGCGUGAAAUGGAUAGCAAUGUGCAAUGCUAAGAAAUAUUUCUUUCCAGGUAUUAUAGAUCUCCUGUGACUGCAACUGUGAUAUGUUAUGGGAGGUAUAUUUGGAAAACCUGUUUUUUUUUGUUGUUGUUGUUGUUUUGUUUGUUUGUUUGUUUGUUUUAGCAAUUCUGUUUGUAAUUUCACAGAAAAGAAGCACUACACCUUUAACACCAGUCAUUUAAUGUUUUAGCUCUUUGUCGCCAUCUGUAUGGCUGGAGGAAAAAUUACUGCACUACACUAGGAGGAUAAUGUUGUUCUGCAGUAUUAUUUAAGCCAUGCUCAAUGAUGCAAUUUCUAGCAUCAACCAUAUGGAGGGAACAGCAUGCUGCAUGUGAAUCCUGAACUGCCUCCAAAUAAAUGAGAGCCAUGCACUGACACACAGCCCACAUAUAUCUUGAUAUGUAUUUGGUUGUUAUUUAAUGCAUCGAGGCUGGAUGAUGACGUGAUGUUAUGAGACUGAGAUGCAGUUGCAGUGCAUUGACCAGCGGGUGGCUACAAUAGCUGUCUUUUCCUGUAUCUCUCUCAAAGGCAACCAAGGAUAGAAGCCAGGCUUCACGCAUCCUACAGAACUGCCAGAUCCUAGCGUGUAUGCAUGUGCACACGCCUGCGCAUAUGUGUGCGUGUGUGCUCCGAGUCUAUCUUCACUCCUCUGCCACCAUCCUCCCCUUCUCCUCCCUGCCGGCAUCAAUCCUCUCUCUCCAUCAGGGAUGGUGAGGGAGUGUUUAUGAGCAUGUGUUGCGAGUCACACGGAAUGAUGGAGGACCAACAGCUCCCUGGAUAAACCCUGCAGACUAAACCAACAUCCCAACUCAAAUCAUGCACUUAAGGUGGGUGGAAAGAUGUAGCUGAGGAACAAACAGAAGCGAAUCUUGACCGUUCACAAGUUCAGGUCAUCCCUGAAAGGGGCGUGGCCUGUGGAGUACAGCCCAAUAUGUCCAGGAAGGCCCCCAGUGGGCGGGGCAAAGGGGAGCGGCCUGACGCCAUGGCAGCCCUGCAGGCAGCCAAUGAGGAGCUGAGGGCCAAACUCACAGAAAUCCAAAUUGAACUGCAGCAGGAGAAAACCAAGGUCAGUAAGCUGGAAAGGGAGAAGUCUCAGGAGGUCCGUCAUGAGCAGCAUAAAUCCACGGUGGUGGUGACCGAGUUAAAAGCUAAACUACACGAGGAGAAACUUCGGGAGCUGCACAGCGUUCGGGAAACACUCCUACGUCAGCACGAGUCCGAACUGGUACGGGUCAUUAAGAUCAAAGACGGAGAGAUCCAGAGACUCCAGGCGCUCGUCAGUGCUCUCAGAGAUGGAUCCACCGAUAAGGUGAAGUCUGCACUGAUAGCGGAGGCACGAGAGGAGUCCAGGAGGAGUUUUGAAGUGGAGCGAAUGCGAAUGCAGCAGGAGAUCUCAGAGCUGAAGGGGGUGAAAAGGCAAAUGGAGGAGGCAUUAAGCGUGGCUGUGCAAGCCGACAAGAUCAAAGCCGCCGAGAUCCGCAGCGUCUACCAUCUCCACCAGGAGGAAAUCAACCGCAUCAAGAGAGAGUGUGAAAGAGAGAUCCGCAGAUUGAUGGAUGAGAUUAAACUAAAGGAGCGCGCGGUCUGUGGGCUGGAGAGAGAGCUCAGCGCUCAGGCGGGCCACACGUGGAAACUGCAGCAGCAGAAACAGGCUGUAGACACUCAGCUGGCCCUGCUGCGAGACUCCAGCCCCAGACGAGAGGGCCCUUUUUCACCCGUUGCAGGAGACGCAGCAGAGAACACAGCUAACCCUCAGUUGGAUGAGAAGGACGCUCGACGUUUCCAACUGAAAAUUGCAGAACUGAGUGCUAUUACCCGCAAACUAGAGGACCGCAAUGCACUGCUGUCAGAGGAACGCAAUGAACUGUUAAAGCGUCUCCGUGAAGCCGAGAGCCAGUAUAAGCCGUUACUGGACAAGAACAAGCGUCUCAGCCGCAAAAAUGAGGAACUGGCUCAUGCAUUGAGACGCAUGGAGAACAAACUGCACUUCGUCACUCAGGAGAACAUUGAAAUGCGGGAGAAGGCCGGGACGAUACGUCGGCCCAGUUCUCUGAACGAUCUGGAUCUGAGUCAAGAGGAGAGAGAGAUUGAGUUUCUGAGACUACAAGUGAUGGAACAACAGAACAUAAUCGACGAUCUGUCCAGGGCGCUGGAAACCGCUGGAUAUGUGAAGAGUGUGAUAGAGAGAGACAUGCUGCUGAGAUACAGGAGACAGGACAGCCUGCGGAGAAAGAAGCCCUUCAGAACCUGUAGGCCGGUGGUGGAGACAUUUUUUGGCUAUGAUGAGGAAGGCUCUAUAGACUCGGAUGGCUCCUCCAUUUCCUACCACACAGACCGAACGCCCUGCACACCAGAUGAUGACCUUGAAGAGGGAAUGCUGAAGGAGGAGACCGAGCUGCGAUUCUGUCAACUGACGAUGGAGUAUCAGGCUCUUCAGCGCGCUUACGCUCUCCUGCAGGAGCAGGUGGGAGGAACGUUUGAUGCAGAGAAAGAGGUCAAGACUCGAGAGCAGCUUCAGUCCGAACUGAUUCGGUACCAGACCAGAAUAGCAGAUCUGGAGUGUGUUCUGAGUCAUCAGGGACAGGACAUGAAGUGGAUUGAGGAGAAACAAGCUUUGUACAAACGCAACCAAGAGCUUGUAGAAAAGAUUAAAAAUAUGGAGAUGGAUGAGACACGACUGAAAAAUGAAAUUCAGGAUGCAAAAGACCAAAACGAACUCUUAGAGUUCAGAAUACUUGAGCUUGAAGAAAGGGAAAGAAGAUCUCCAGCCAUAAACUUCCAGACCAUUCAUUUUGCUGAGGGCAUGAGUCCCCUACAAAUCUACUGUGAGGCCGAGGGUGUUACUGACAUUGCGAUCACAGAGCUGAUGAAGAAGCUCGAUAUUCUGGGGGAUAACGCCGUAAGUAACCUGACCAAUGAGGAGCAGGUGGUGGUUAUUCAUGCCAGAACGGUAUUAACUUUAGCAGAGAAGUGGUUAGAGCAAAUCGAAGUCACCAAAUCAGCAUUACAGCAGAAAAUGUUGGACAUUGAAAGUGAAAAGGAGCUCUUCAGCAAACAGAAAGGAUAUUUAGACGAGGAAUUAGACUACAGAAAGCAGUCUUUGGAUCAAGCACAUAAGCGUAUCCUCGAGUUGGAGGCGAUGCUGUUUGACGCGUUGCAGCGGGAAGAGACGGGUGGUAAGGUGUCCGAGAUGCUGACGGAGCAGGACCGUGAUUCGCUGCGCGAAGCUGUCGAUCAGUGGAAGAGGCAGGUCUUGAGUGAAUUACGAGAGCGAGAUGCGCAGAUACUCAGAGAGAGGAUGGAACUGCUACAACAUGCUCAAGCGAGGAUAAAAGAGCUGGAAGAGUGGAUAGAGACACAGAAACGACAGAUAAAGGAAUUAGAAGAAAAGCCUUCAUUCUUUGGUCGUAGCUCUUCCAGGCAGCAGGAAACGAUGUCAUCAGAUCAGUGGACCCUGGCCUCACUCAAGUGUUCUUCUGAUCAGAGCAGGAGUGACACACGUGCCAUCAGGGGUCCCAGCGAUCUCCUCUGUGCUGAUACGAGACUUCAAACUGUUCACAUCAACUCUGGAACAUGGAAAUGGAAUAUGGUGCUGUCUAUCUUGUGGACUUAAAACUAUUUUUAUCCUCCUGACCUUUUGAACUAUGCUUUGUGUGACCUUUUUGCGUGUGGAAUUUAAGGACUCUUAAAUUGAAACGCUCUCUCCUUUCCCUGCUAAGCAGGUGGUGCUGGAGGCUGCUUCCCUUUGGAAGCCUGAUGGAAUGAGAGAUGUUACGUUAAAACCCUUCCUCCCACUGUUUAUCCUCACUCUGCUUUGGUUCCCGGUGGCACGUCUGGUGUUUGCGUGGUGGCACUAGCCCCCCCUCUUGUGCAUUGUUAGAAAUGGAGCUGAAAGUUUAAUCCUGGAAUUAAAAUUAUGUUUGUUUUUUUAACGUAAAGGAGCAGUGUUUCAAAUAAAUUUCUCAGAGGAAGACAGAAAA